AUGAAUGCACGGGGUAGAAGCAGUACAAGCGAUAUUAUGUCGACCACAACACCUAGCGAUAAAUUCGAUGCUGCUGUUAAGGUCAUCAGGAGUUUACCCAAAAAUGGUUCCUUCCAACCAUCAAAUGAAAUGAUGUUGAAGUUCUAUGCCUUCUACAAGCAAGCCACUGAAGGACAAUGUACUGCACCUAAACCCAAUUUUUGGGAUGUUGUCAAGAAAGCCAAGUGGGAAGCCUGGCACAAACUUGGUGGAAUGUCAAAGGAAGAAGCCAUGUGUUGCUAUGUAGAUCAGCUGAAAACGAUUGUAGAAGCAAUGCCACAGACUCAGUUGGUGGCUGAAUUUGUGGAAAAAUUAGGCAGUUUCUAUGAACUGGUUGAUGAUCGAACAUUCUCGGAGAAAUUUUCCUGCCAUGAUAUCAGUUGCCAAAAUGGAGACAUUCCCAAUGGAAACAUGUUUGACAUUUCUGAAAAUAGUGCACUUAGCAGAAAAGUCAAUGGAAACUUGGGCCAUUCAACCAAUGCCGACUCUGCCGGCGAUCCGCUGAUUGAUGUGAAUAGUAAUUGUGCAAGGCUUGAUGUGGAUGAAAUGGCCGUCAGAAAGUCAGAUUCUUUGACUCCUCUUGUGAAUGGUCCUGGCAGUAAUGAAGAUGAUGAUGACAACAACAAUGAUGAUGAUGACGACGACGAUGAUGAAGAAGAUAGAAGAAUUGGAAAGGAGGAAGCAAAUGACAAAAGUACUGAGGAUAAAUUGAAUUUGGAUGCAGUCAAGUCAGAUGCCUCUGCUUUUCCUCUUCAUGGCUCUCAGGUCACCAGUGAUACAGACAGUGAUGUGGAAUACUGUGAUACCACAGAUGACCUCCACAAAUCACAAGAGAAUGUUGACGAUGGCAACAGUGUUACAAAUAGCAGUGACACAGACCAAGUUUUUUUAUCAUCUCCUGUAAAGCACAACCCCAACAUGUUGACCAAGUUACGUAAAUCUGCCGGUCAAGCAUUAGCAAGAAUUCCACCCCAAAACAAUGCGACUCUGAUUAAUUCUGCCACCUCUUGUGAACAAGUUCUUGUCUCGUCUACCCAUCCUUUUGUUUAUAUUCCGAACCGCAAGUGCUCAACAGAUAGCAUGCUAGUCAAUGUACCAUCACGCCAGUCGGUCAGCGAUGUGGAUCAUGAAUAUGCUGUUACUGGAGUCCUGCAAGAUGACCCCAAAUGUCCUGCAGCAGAGAUUGUACCCUCAAAUACAAUGAUGGAUGUUACUACUCAUGGGGGUGGAGAAGAAGAAGAGGAAAAACCUAGCCAUAAAACAUCAAGAAGAGUUUCAAGUAGUGGAUAUGGGGCAACAUCCCGAAAUAUACCACGGAGCCAGAGUGAAAUGAGUUAUUGCCCUGGUGAUCAGCAUAUCCGUUAUCAAGUAACGAUUGGACACUUUGGAAAAAAAUACCCAAAAAGACAAAGUGUCAUAUUCUUGGUGGCCAUUUCCCGAAGUUUCCAUGAAGACAUUUUUCUUUUUUGCAUUGUGGCCAAUUAUUGUUCACUGUAUCUUUCACAUGGCAUCCAAAAGAAAAAACAAGUAACAAAGAUUUUUUUCUGGUGCCUUUACAACUGUGAUAAAAAAAACAAAAAAAAACUCUUUCUGGAUUCUUGCUUGAUUGGCACAGUGACAUGUGGGGGCAACAAUUUGACCCCCACCUCCCCAACACAAGCAGUCAUGAAGAGACUUGAGGGAAAAUUAAUUUCAAUCAAAGAGAAAUCAUGGACUAAAAAUAAAUGGCAUUGGUUUGGAAUGAACACUGAUGACUACUCUAAAUUUUGUUCCAUUUAG